AAAAGAGAAGCCAAGCCAUGGCCGACACGAUGGCGCCGCCGCAUCAGGAGCCCGCGACGCGUAAGCCGCUGUUUCCUCUGGAGAUCCCGGGAAAUAACCAAAAGCGCUCCGUGGUGCAGCCAAAGGGAAAGAGCACCCGUCCCGAGAGCUACGAGCCCACGAAAACCAUGAAAAAUGGCUUGGAGGACACACUCACGUGGCUGGAGAAGCAGCGCCAUAUCGUGCAGACACACGACGGCCACCAGCGUCGUAAGCGCUCGUCCACGUUUGUGCGCUCGGUACUGCGUCUUCUCAGCGGACCUAAAGAGCACAUUGGCAACAAUAAUGCGAACGGCACGGGGAACGACAACACUCCUAAGCUUCCAGUCCCUUGGGGACAAGAGGUUUUGAACUCCGACUGGUCAGAGGUGGGCUUUCGACUCCUAGACCAGCCUAUUAUGCAAGAUAUGAACCGCGUCCGCUCAUUUAUUGCCAAGGAGGAGCUUCUCAGUGCGUCCCCACAGGGGAUAAUUGCACUUGCCAGAUGGCUACAACGCUUUGACAACCACGUACGUCACGUGGUGACACUUAAAGAAUACCUUCUGGAGGAACGUACACUCAUUGCCGGUGUUGGCCACAAACUGACCACACUCUACGACGCGUACGACGAAGCCAUGGCGAUAGCCUUGGAAAAAGUACACGACGAACGUCGCGAAUUAAGCGAAGCCGUGUUGCGCAUGUUUGACGAGCUGGAGAAGCUUUUGCGCGGCGAAGUGACCGCUGUGAAGCACUUGAUCACGCAAACGUUGACAGAGACGGAGGAAUAUGAAGCGCUAAGCACGCUGUUUAACCACCUCUCUAGUGACGACGAGUGUGGCGUGAUUAUGGCUCACCUUCUUGGAUGGAUGCGUAACAAUAUGAGCGAAGACGACGUGCGUAUCUUCCUCGAUCUAUUCAACUCGGAUGUGCAAGACAGGAUCGCUGGAGAGUGGAUGCGCAUGUAUGCGUCGUACCUGCACUUGCUGGAUGAGUUCUCGAUCAAUUAUGACAGCUCGCUCUCGUAUUUUACAUGA